AUGGCGCAGCAUCAAGACCUUAAAAGAAAAGGAGGUGCUGAUCCUGAUCAUCAGAUGUCAAGAAAUCAUGCCCCUCCUCCUCUAAGUAUUGAAGUGCCUAAAAUGAGAGAUCUUCCAAACAAGUUAAACCCUUGGAGUGAUGUCCAGCUUCCUGUUGACAUUCUUUUGUUGACAGUAGAAGACUGCGAGUUUUUAGCUUGUUAUUAUUUCUUGAAAAAUUCUUUCAAAAGUUAUGACCAGACCCUGGGAUGCGUGUACUUUGGAACCAUGGGUGAAAGUGGAGAAGCUAGAGCACUGAAAGUUGCUUUGAUGAGAUGUGAUCAAGGUUCUUCUGGUCCAGGUGGCUCUCAAAUUGUUAUUAAAAAUGCAGUGAUGCAACUGAGACCCAAGGCUGCUUUUUUGGUUGGCAGCUGCAAGGGUUUAAAUCCAGAUGAAACCAAGCUAGGAGAUGUAGUGGUAUCCGCUAAACUUUCAACUGAACAAUUUACAACUCCAGUAAAAAGAAAUAUUAGCAAACUUAAGUUGUUUUCAACUGAUGGCUGGAAUCCACCAUUAAAAGAUCCAGUAGGUGAAGAAACAGUGCAGGUACACCGUGACAGUGACAUAUUCAGUGGUAGUCAAUUCAUCACUAAACAACGCCGUAUGUCUCAAUCUCGCGUGAUUGCAAUUGAAAGGGAAGGGGAAGGUAAGAUUAUAUUAUAUGCAUGUAAUAAUACUAUUAUAACAAUUUGAUGUAGCGUUUGGUUUGAAGUUUAGAACUCUAAACUGUCCUUUUCGGCAACUGCUUCUGACCAUGCAUCCACAGCACCUAAUCAAUUACUGACAGCCAUGACAUUCUGUUUGACCAUAGUGAUCGUGGGACCUUAAUGGUGUGUUACCAGGUUAUUCUAGGGAUGUAGUUUACAGUUUAAUAUUUAUUAUUGUGCAGGGAACAUAAAUUAUUAAGACUAUUAAGCUUACAAGAUUAUUAAUUUCAGUCACGACACUGUAGAAAAAAAUUCUGAGUUAAUUAGCUGUGCUGGAUUUAUCUUGUUCACAGUGGAUUGAUUAAGGAUCAUUUUCAUAUUGUAAUUGGUCUGUUUUUUCUGGACAGUUUUAGCUCUGCUAGGUUCUUGUUCACAGUGGAUUGAAAAUAAAGGAUCAUUAUUUUUCAUAUGGUCUGUUUUUUCUUUCCACUUAUAAUUACAGGCCUGUUUGCUGCAGCCCAUGAUAUGAACAUUGAAUGGGUGAUUGUUAAAGGGAUAUCACAUUUUUCUGAUGAUAGCAACACUUCUGAUGAGUCCUGGAAGUCAUUUGCUUCCAUCAUGGCAGCUUCUCUUGUGUCCAACAUGUUAAAUGAUCCUGUUGUUUUUAAAGAAUGGCCGCACUAUGAAGGUAUGUCACAUGCAUCCCUGAUCUCGUGAUUGAUUAUUAAUAGGGAUGAAUUUUCUGUUCAAAUAUUUUUGUGUAAACUGUUUCAAUAUUAUCCUUGGUUCAAAUUUUUCUCUCUGUUUCAAACUCUUGAUCAAAUCAUAAAGCCUGAAUUUCAUUCAAUUGCUUCAAGUCAUUUUCUCCUCUCAGCAACGUCUGAAUCGACCAGCCGUUAAUGCCGUCCAGUGACGUCUGACUACUACCCGAAAACCCGGGGUAGUGAUUUUGAUUCAGGUUGAUUGUCUAAACAUUCACAUAAUUAUGUAUAAUAAUGAGAAAUUUUAGCGGGAUUGUCGCGAGAUAUUCAACAGAUCGCAUUGGUGGCAUGCUUGCGUGGAGUUCAAACGUUUGGAUAAUCUUUAUUGUAAACAUGCUGAGCAAAUUAAAAUUGCCCUUGUCUUCGAAACUGAAUUGCUAAAUUGAACUGCGAAUGAAGAAUCAUUGUGGAGAGUCAGUAGUUUUAUCAUUUAGAGCCACUUUGUGGUUUCCACAGUUAUUUUGUUUUAAAUGCGAAGUUUCUGAGACCAAUGUCAUGUUGUAAUUCGACCUUCUUGCUAUUUUCACCGUCAAGUGUAAUGAUUCUGUUACCCUUUCUUUCUUGUUUUUUUUUUCUUCAAUAAGGUCCAAAUAGCUUCUUUUCAAUUAAAGGAAAUCGUUGUGUUUUUGAACUAAUUUUUCCAUGUGUGUUUAUUUGUUUCACUGAUUGCAUGAUUGCAACUGAGUUUGAAUAUUUACAACGGUUCAGAGUACUGCAUGCAUGCAGUUGAUAGUUUGAACGUUAAACAUAAAUUACGAUCGAAAAGAGUAAGCAAUUCUGUCAGCUGUUCUAUGUCAUGUAGACAAAUUUCCAAACAAUAUUUCUUGGUUUGCCACUUGAAAAUCGUGUUUUACUUUUUGCAUGAAUUAAAGCAAAGGAGUAGAGAUGUCUCUGGGCGGCAAAUAACAGCUGGUUGAUUCAGAUGUUACUGAGGGAGUAAUAAUUAAAAUGACUCAAAGUAAUUGGAUGAAAUUCAGGCUACAUACCAACAAAAGCCAAAAGAAAACUUUGUUUUUAGGUUUUUCAAAUUUAUAAUACUUUUCUUCCUUACAGAUUUGACAGCAAAGAAUCAGCCAGAGACAACCACAAUGCCAGACAAACAGAUACCAGGUACUAUCCUGUCAAUGAAAUUACACUAUAAUAUCCAGGAGUUUUUCCAGAUUAAAUGAUUUGGUUUCAGUAGAAAUAACAGUAAUCUUCCGAUAUACCGGUAAUUGUUUUUUACAUCUAGAGCACAGUUGUCGGUUAAUUAUUAUUGUGAGAUAAUGUCUUUGCCAAAAGAGCAGUCUAUAUUUUUGCCUGGUGUUUUAUAACCCCUUCUUCUUUCGCAAAAGUUUUGCUGAAAAAUGCUGUUGGAAGCUCUUUUUUUAAUCCUUUUUCUGGUCACUUAAUCUGUGCAAAAAGGUUGGCCAAAAUUUUCUAAAAUGCUGUGAGUCCAACACUACGCUGCCUUUUGUUCCUUAUGCUAAAAUAAAAUUAAUAUAAGUGUUGUUUUGAAAAGUGACACAGCCCCCUCAACUUUUGCCUGUUGCUUUCUCUCCUCUCUACUUCUAUCACUUUCCUUGCCGCAUUUUGGCCUUAUCUUGGGGAUUUACUGGGGUUCUUUUUGGUGAGACAUGUUUUCUCUGUCCAUCCACCCACCCACCCACCCACCUAUGCUACCUCAACAAAAUAAAAACCUAUGAACUGCUCACCAUAUGAGUCACGCAUAGCUCAGUGGUUAGAGCAACCUACCGGUAUCUGGAAGGUUGUGGGUUUGAUUCCUGUUAAGGUUUUGGAUUUUUUUUUCUGAGCACUGGUAUUAUUACCAGAGUUACACAAAAUUAUUUACUCUGUUUAUUUGCACUUGUAAAACUGCUAGCAAGUUGUUUUGACUUUGGACUUUUUACUCCUUCAUUUUCACAUGUUUCCCCACGGACAACCGAAAAUAAGUCCCCGGGCUUAUAUUUUUCAAAGGCCCUUUUUGAGGGGCCUAUUUUUGGAUGGGCUUAUAUUCGGAGGGGCUUAUCUACGGAUGGAAAUUUGUGUUUCAAAGUAGAUUGGGUUAGCCUUAUGGUUGGAAGGAAGUUUACCGUUUUUGCUUUGUUUUAUUUUGUAUUGAACGGCAAUUUCCAAGUACAAGCCCCCAGGGGGCUUAUAUUAAUGGAGGGGCGAUUUAACGGAGGGUUUUUUGCGGUACGAGUUUAGGGGGCUUAUAUUUGGAGGGGCUUAUAUAUGGAGGGACUUAUUUUCAAAAUUUUAUGGUAUUUUCGGCACGUGUGAUGAGCUUGCGCACGUACAUCACACAAUUAAGCUCUGCAUGACAACAAUCUCAUCACCAGAGCUUUCAAAUCAGAUUAUGGCUGUGCAAAAAUCGCUGUGCAAUAGUGUGAAGUGCAUGUGGCAACUCUACCUAAAGAAUAGUAGGGAGGAUUACUAGUAAAAGAAAAAUAUGUAUUAUUUCUAAAUAAUUUUAAUCAUUUUGCUAAUUCGUCAUUUUGUCAUUUUUCCAUUUCCUCAUUUUGGCAUUGUUUUAAACAUGCCCUUCCAGAUUAAAUGAUUGAUGAACACUGGUUUCAGUAGAAAUAACACUAAUCUUUCACAUUCUAGAGUUUUCUCUUAUUAUUGUGGGAUAUGUCUUUGCCAAGAGAGCAGUCUAUUUUUGCCUGGUGUUUUAUAACCCCUUUUCCUUUUGCUGUAAAAUGCUGUUGGAAACUCAUUUUUUCAUCCGUUUUCUGAUCCCUAUCUGGCCAAAAAGAUCAGCCAAAAUUUUCUAAAAUGCGGUAAGUCCAACACUAUGCGCUACCUUUUGUUCCUUAUGCUAAAAUAAAAUUAAUAUAAGUGUUGUUUUGAAAAGUGACACAGCCCCCUCAACUUUGCCUGUUGCUUAAUUCUCUCCUCCCUAUAUACUUCUAUCACUUUCACUGCCCCAUUUUUGCCUUAUGAUGGGGAUUUACCAAGGUUUCUUUUUGGGGAGACAUGUUCUUGGGAAAACAUUUAGCAUCAUGUCAAAUAUUUUGAACGAAGAGCAGGUGGGAAAUGAAACUUCUUGAAAACAUUCUUGUCUUUGUUUCAGCUGUGUUUGAAUUAUUUCAAUAAUUUAGGAACUGUCUAAGGAAAUCCACAAAAUUGAAAAUGAUGUUGUGGUAUUAAUUAUUUAGUCUCAGUCUAUCCACCCACCCACCCACCCACCCACCUAUGCUACCUCAACAAAAUAAAAACCUAUGACCUGCUCACCAUAUGAGUCACCCAUAGCUCAGUGGUUAGAGCAACCUACCGGUAUCUGGAAGGUUGUGGGCUGAUUCUUGUUAAGGUUUUGGAUUUUUUUUCCUGAGCAUUUCUUUGUUGUACCUAAUAUUUAUUUUUGGCAAUCAUUCAUCCACCUGCUGUUUUCUCUUAUUGAUUUUUGUAAAAUUAAUUAACUGUCUGCCCCUCCUGGUAAGGGUUGCUAAUCAACUCAAUCAACUACUAUAAAUUAUUGAAAAAAACUUCUUGGAAUUGACAAAACAUCUUUGUUAACAGAUGCUGUAUGCCUUGAGGAGUGCAAGAAACAACUGCAAUCACUUUAUGAAACCAGUAGCAAGGUCAAAGUCAUUCCAUGGGACCAGAACUCUGCUGUUGAUAUUGAUGAGAUCUACACAGACUUGUCUUGGGUCAAGGAUCACAGGACACCCAGUGGAGUAACACAAGAAAAACUUAACCACUACACUGAGAUUUUUGGCAGUCAAGGCCCUCGUCCUGCACGAAAGCGAAUUUUGGUUUAUGGACAGCCAGGUAAGUGAGUGAAUUGAGUAAGAAUUGUUUUAAUUUAAAAGGAUAAUAACUAUUCUCUGCCCUUGCCCGCCGUUAUUACUUUCUGGGUCCAACCAAAACUGCCAUGCUACGCAGGCUAGCAAAAAACAAGAACACAGGAACCCAUUGUUCUACUGGUAUAAUUAAUCCAGUGAUAUAUCAGCUGGCGAUGUGCAGGUUUCUCGAGUUUUUGCUGACAUUAUGUACAUUCCAAGUGGGGUAAUUUUUUACCAUGCUGUCAAACCCAAUGAAAAGUUUGGUUUGUUGCUAUUGUAAAUAAAUUAAAAGUUAAAACAAAGUUUUUCUGUUACCGGUAACCAGUCUGAUAAUAAACAAUGUAUUUAAUUGACUUUAGAGCAAUCAGAACAUACACUGUAGACUCCAGUUAAUGUUGUGAAAAUGGUAAUAAUAUUGUGACUUAAUUAAUCUGAAAUUCAAGUUUAUUAAAUGUAUACUAAAAGGAUAAACUAAAAAAAAAUCUUCCGAGGAUAAAAUUGUACCACAACCUUCACAAUAGACUAAUGGUCACUGGCAGUUUGGCUCAGUUCGUUGAAAGCCAUAGUACAAACCUGGGAAUAAAUUUUAACUUGGGUUUCUUUUUCUUUUUAACAAAAGCAUUUUCUUGGAUAAUUUUCUCUAUUUUUUUAGAGUAUCUAAUCAUCAAAUUGUAGACAAAAAGGAUUAAACUGACUUUGCUUUUCAAGCUUAAUUCAUUUCUGAAUUCAAGUUUCACACUAACUCUGGGUUAUCUUAACCUAGCUUUGAACAACCUGGCCCUAAUAAUAAUAAUAAUAAUAAUAACAACAACAACAAAUAAUAAUAAUAAUAAUAAUAAUAACUUUAUUUUAGUGUCAAUGUAUUAAGCUUAACAGUUAGCUAAUUGGGAACACUUUCCUAAGUGCUGGCACUCAUCUACUACAUGAUUUUUAAAAAUAGUCUGUGUAUGAAGGUUUCAGUUUCAUUGUCUUUAUCAUGAAUUAUUUUGAAUAUGUAAAUGAGAUACCAUUAUCGAUGAAACUUUUGUCUUUAAUCAAAGCUAAGAAUUCCAAAAUGCCUCCUUCGAGGCAGGAAGCGAAACUUCUUUUUGGCAUAACUUAAGAGGCAAAUGCCACCCAUAUGUUGUUCACUCUGCAUUGGUUUAAAAAGUUUAAACAUAAAUAUUCCGUAAAAAAUAAAAUAAAAUAAAAUAAAAUAAAUAAAUUAUCCUAAAUUUUUAUGACAAUUAUAAAUUCACAUUUCAAUAUUUUGCAUUCGACUUCACGUGACUUCACAUGAUAAAAGUAAACCAAUGUUUUGAAGACGUAUUAACAGUUUGUUGUUAUUGUCACCUAGGAAUCGGCAAGACUGUUUUCACGAAGAAAGCAACUUUUGACUGGUCCCAGCAGAGAUAUUCAGAAACAUUAGGAGCAUUUGAUCUUGUCCUUCUGGUGAGAUUACGUGACGUUAGUAAUCUCCAAGAUGUUCCGUCCAUUUUGAGGGCUUCUGAAGUGCUGGAUAGUAAUGGUGCAAUUUCCGCACACAACCUGUAUGAUUACAUUUGUCGCCAUCAAGAAAAAGUCUUGCUUAUCUUGGACGGCUACGAUGAAUAUGUUUACAGUUCAAAAAACGAGUCGCCUGUCUUCAAAAUCUGGAAAAAAAGUCGAUUAAGAGGUUGUUCUGUUGUAAUUACUUCACGGGAAAUGAAAGCUGAGACGUUGAGAAAGUAUAGUGAUGCUCAAUUCAAAAUUGACGGCUUUAAUUAUCAGCGCCAAAAAGAGUUCGCUCGUAGAUUUUUGAAAGAUGAUAAAGAUAUUACAGAUUUUUUUAAGUACUUAUGGCAGCACAACCUAAGUGAACUAGCACAAAUUCCCCUACUGCUCUUAAUGUUGUGCUUGCUCUGGACAAAAACAACACGUGACGAACUACCAAAAGAACGCGCAGACAUCUUCGCCCAGUUCAUGACGACCAUGUUUGAUCACAUGUGUGAAAAACAGUCUGCUGAAUCGGUUUCUGCCAAAGAUUACUCAGAUGAAUUAUACGCAUUAGGACGCUUGGCCUUUGAAGCCCUUUUGCAAGGCCAGCUUUAUUUCCCUGUUAGUCAGUUACCUGCUGGCUACAGUUUGAUCGAGAGGCUGAUUGAAGUCGGCCUUUUUCAGGUUUUAAAUAUGGCGAGUUUGAAUCGUGAAAAAGGCGUGUACUUUAUUCACAAAUCCGUUCAAGAAUACCUGGCUGGGAAUUUCCUGAAAGAAGAGCUGACAUCUGAAAAGGCUAGAGGCACCAAUUCCCUGUCAAAAGUGGACUCAGUUGAAAAGAUCUUUAAAAUAAAUGAAGCGCUCAAAUUUGCUGGUGAGUUGUCAGAAGAAGCCGCGCGCGACAUUCUGAUUAAACUUGGAAUGGCGGCGAAGAAAGAAGAACUGACAGAGUUUCGCUUCGACAACGAAACACCGUCAAAGAAUGACUUGUCAGAAGAACAAACAGAUUUUAUUAAUCUUUGUAAUCAGUUAUUUUUCUACUGCUCAGCUGAGACAAGAAAAAACCUCUUUCCUACAUUUCUUUCCUCUUUCGGAGGAGUUCUUGUAAUAAAUGCAAAGCAGCUAAAUGUUAUCGUACAGGAAAAAUUCCUUCAAACUACCGAAACACCCAACUACGUUUUUUUUAAUGACAAUAAUGCGGAAGGGUAUACAGAGCAGGACUAUAGUAAUUUUAUAAUUUUAUUACAACAGUUAAACGCAGUUAUUGUUAGCUCUGCAGGAGAAAAGAAAGGAUCAGAAUUUUUAAGUAACUCAACAUGGCGUAGCAUCGAUUUUUUUUUUUUAAAGAAAGAAGAAAACAACACUCACCUUUAUUUAGAUAAAAUUGCUCAACCUUUUUAUAUAAUUAAGGCGCUUGCUAGUAAACAAGAGACAACAAAGAAGACAAAGAUGAAUGGUGAUGAGUCAAGUGAAGAGAGCAGCAACAGCUGUUGUUCAAAGCGUCAUGGUCUCUCCAGGGUUCGGUGGAUUCAAGCUUGGUGGGUGAUCAGGUCAGAAGUGGAACUGAUGAUUGAGAUGAUGCCGUUUAUCACCGCUCCACACGAGAUAAUUGUUUGGGGUAAUCACGGUGAAGUGUUUGAUGCUGAGGUAACAGAGUCUCUGAUGAGAAGCAUCCAAGUAACACACAAACUGAAGAUAUUAACACUCCGGCGUAUCAAUAUAACAUCAUCACCUGCUGUGGAGUUGUUCAUGAACAAUGUAUUUAAAAAAGCUCCAAACUUGAAGUGGCUCGACAUGACAGACAAUCCUCUUCUGGGUGCAGGAGUAGACAGCUUGAUUAAACAUCUCAGCUGCGCUCCUCACCUGGAGAAACUGUGGCUUAAAGGAGUGAAGAUGACUCCACAGCAGGUGAUGGAUCUGUCAUCAGCCAUCAAGCAGCGCGGCAACAUCACUGAACUGCCGUCAUUUUACCACGUAAGUUUUCCAAUUUUAUCGCAAUUUGUUUCUUUAUUCUUUGUUUACAUUUUAUUUCUACUCAGCUCUUGCCUUUCGCCAUUUUCCUUUCUUUGUCAUUUUUAUACUCGACAAAACACGAGAUUUACUUUUGAAAACAAAUCACAAACUUUAGCAGAUUCAAAGUAUCAUUUCAAAUUCAUUCCUUUCAAUUGAUUAAACUAAAUCCAAAAAAAUGUUUUAACCGAGAACAAGUAAAUUAAUCUGAAGGUGUUUUCACUGUGCAAAAUAAUGGAUCAGCGAGCAGAUAUGAAAUUUCUCUUUGAGUCUGGUUCAACUCGAUAUGAGCUCACUUAACAAACUUGUGAUUUAUGUAUUAACACAAAAAUUCCAUAGUAUUAAUUUCUCAAUCAAUUUUAAUUCAUUACUUUUCAUAAAAUGAUGAAUAACAAGCAUAAAGUCAAAAAAUGUUCUGUUCAUGUUCAAUUCAAACAAACAAAAUUUGCAAAAAUCAAGAGAAAAAAAGUUAACCACUUACAGUUUCACUUUUAUCGCUAAGGUUUUCGUAAAAUCAGCAAAACUCAAGUAAAGUUUCUUUGAGAGUCCAGAAAACGAAGAAGUCUUUUUAGAGCUGUCCUUUUGUUUGAAUGUCCCUUGCGUUUCGGUAAAUGCUUGUCCUCCCGUAAAUAAUCUCACUGUAGCGUAGGUUUUUGAGAUAGCGUUCCACAAAAAAUAUAAUUCCUCUGAGACACUUUGGUUGAAAUUUAACACCAUACAUUUAAUCAUAGGUAAAGCACUCCUCUAUGGUACAAGCUGUCUAUUUUUGUCUGUUACUUGUUUUCCAGUUUUACGACGAACACCACAAAUCCUGCGUCACUUUGUGUCUUGUAUGAAUGAGUUGAAGUUCAUAAAUGUAGUUUCCUUUAGCUUGCACAAAUCCUUUGUCAAAUUCCUGAGUACAUGAGACGAAUUUUCCUCUUAACUGGCGUUUUACGGUAUUUUCUCAUUCUUUUUGAGUCGAUCUUGAGUAUUUUUGCGUUGAAAGUUUUCUUUGAUGAGCAAACUCAACUGAAGUGAAAAACAAACUACAAAAUCAACAAACUGUCAUUCAAAGUGGCGUGACAGAAGGCUUGUGACGUGCGACAGCUGAUUGGUUAUAUAACUACCCACGUGGUAGAAUUUUCCCGCCUUUCGUUUGGCAGCGUAGCAAUCGUUUCUUCAGACGAGACGCAGGUUUUUUUGCACCUUCCCUCCCAACCCCCACUAAGGAAAAACCGAUCUGUGAGAAUUUUAUCAGACCAAGAGUUAAUAGAAGAAAGGGCUCCAAGGUUUCAACAAUUCGCACAUUUUUAGAGUAUAUUAUUUGAUUGUGCUGUUUUGAAAGUCUUGCAUGCAAAUUUUAGGGGUUGAAAAGUAGAAUGUGGUCUUUAAGCCGCGAGCACUUUUAGAGGUGCGUCCAAGAAGUCAGAUGUAUUUUUUGUUGGUUUUGUCGUUUUCCCCUCUUUUUCGUAUUUUCAACAGAACUUUAGUUCGUGAGGCCCUUGGUUUUUCUGUGAAGGUAAUUUCUAAUCACUAUUAAACGGCCAAAAAUUCGGAAAUUUGGGGUUGACAAGGAACAAUCAGGAACGUCUUGCGCAGCAACCUAAAGGCUGGUUUACACUAGCGACAGAGUCGGAGCUGGAGUCGUAAGAUCGCUUAUGACCUAGUGAAAAUCAAAAAUCGGAGUCGUAAGCGGAGUAACCUGAGAUCAGGCUCUGGUUUCGUUUCGCUUUGAAAAUUACACCUUUUCUCGCUUGCUCUACUAUCUCUGAGGAAAAAUGGGGGACUACUCGUAGUUUACAUUCGUGCGGGUAAGGCGGUUUUUUUUAGCGGUAGCCGUUAGAGAGGAUGCAUGAGAACUGCUAAAAUUGGGCCUUAUUUCAGGUUAUAAGCGGAGUCAUAAAAGCGCCGGAAUCGCAGUCAGAAGAAUUAGAGCGUUUCCAUUUCUUCCGACUCCGCUUACGUUCCGCUUAUGAUCUAGUGAAAACCAGGUUGUCGGAAUCGGAAGCAGAAGCACCAGGAUAAACCAAUCCCGAUGCACGUUCUCACGCGUUGUGAUUUGUUUGGUUCUUACGCUUCUGCUUCCGACUCUGACAAUCUGGUUUUCACUAGAUCAUAAGCGGAACUUAAGCGGAAUCGAACACACGCUCUGCGCUUCUGAUUACGACUCCGACUCCGACUCUGUCGCUAGUGAAAAGCAGCCUUUUAAAAUUUUUAGACACUCCGACUAGAACGUUUUUUAGCGCAGCGGUACUCGUAAGACCAUUCAGGACGAAAUUUCUGUUUAGGGCAUGCGGAUUUUAAGACUUUGAACUAAAUAAGGUCUCGGAACGGAUUGCAAAAUAAGCAAAAUCUCUUGUUUAGUCCUGACUUUAACUAAAUUAAAGAAGAAAAACGUCUUUGUCGCAAGCAGAAAUGUUUUUAGUACUACUUUGUCUAUGUGUUGUAGAAAUGACCUCUUUUCGGGGUGUGCUGAAAUGACCAUACUCUUUAUUCUGAUAAUAGAUAAUUUUCCGUACAAAACUGACUCCUAAAACUUGAGAUCCUUUCCGAGAUACUGUAAACCGUUCCGAACUAGAGAAAAGAAAAACACUGAAUUGAUUGAAUGAUCCGAGUACAUAAUCUCUAACGCCUAUUUAGAUCACGUGUUUUCGAGCUAUGGCCCAGUCCUAUCUUGUUUACAACAGGGUGAAAUCAGCUUGAGCUUUACUCAGAUUGGUCUUAAAGUCCCAAGAGUGAUCAACAUGAAUUUUCUCUUAACAAUAUCAAAACAUCAUCAAAAGAAAAGGUUAGGAGAAGUAAUAAACUCAUGAACAAAGCAGACUGCGUACUUUGAUCUUUUAUCAAGUUCUCUCAACUAAUUCUAUAAGGCAAUGUAUGGACACUAGUGUGGAGGAUUUGUUUUCUUGAUAUUGGGGCUUAAAGGGUUAAGGAUUAAUUCUAGUUUUCCGAUGAGUAUUCACGUCCCCAUCACAUAGUAGUCAACCCCUGGGGUUAUUUUUACCCUUUAAUUGCUUAUCACUUAAAGAAAGGUGUUAAAAUGUAGACUACACUUUUGAUCUUUUAAACGUUGCUUUAAAAGUUGAAUGGUGCUAGUGUUAUUUUGUGAUUUGUUGUAGGAUCGUAAAGGGAACCCCAAGCCAGAACAUGAAUGGCCAUCAGAAGACUUUUGGAAAAAGGAGUACCCCAGUCUCUUUUCUCACUCAUCAAAUGAAUCACAGACGCAAAAGCAACAGGUU